AUGGCCAAUGCACAAGCUUCCACCUCUCAAGUGCGCAACGGGACUAGUCAACCGCAACUACCCGCUGUCCCAGUCCCUCCCUCCACGAUUGCCCAACUGCAGUCGAUCGAACGCAAAGCAACGGCGCUUGAGGACGCGCUCAGCGCCCUUCAACAGACAAUUCACUACGGUGGUCUUCCGGCCAUGCCAACAUAUCCCGAACUUCUUUCCAAGUACUCUGUUCUAGUCUCGCAUACGGAGAAUCUCGCCACUUCACUCGCAGCGACCAACCUUCGAGGAAUGGUCAUACACCCCCGCGUCAUACCCGAAGACCAAUCUGCCUUCGAAUCGGCCGCGAAUAACUACCUCAACAGAGCGCAAAACCUCAGUGUUUAUGCGCAGGAGAACGUUUCGGUCCGGAGAUUAGCGGAGCACAUGCGCACAGGGCAAGGAGUGUUGGAUCUCAAGCCAGUACAUAGCGAAGUGCAGGCGGAGUGUGCGGAGAUACGCGACGCCCAUGACUCUCUUGUCACGCGUGCCACGCUUGCCGUCGAGCUGCUGAAGGAGAAAUACGACUGGAAGAGCCGUGUGGCGGUAGAGCAGGAAGAGCCGGAGGAAAUUGAGUGGUCUCAGCCGCAACCUAAUAAUGACGAUGUGGAGAUGGGCUUAGGGAGCUCUAGUAGCGAAGCAGACGAUGAUGAAGUGAACGAAAACCUGGGCACUGGAGUGCAUACGCCAGAUCAUACGACGUAG